CCCCAGCGCCGACGUGGAUUUACCGCCCGUGGGGGGGGGCUGAGCUCUCGUCUGUUUUCGGCACCGCACACCUGGUUUGGACGCUGGACGCCAUGUUGUGGAAACUAGCAGAUAAUGUCAAGUACGAAGAGGACUGCGAGGACCGGCACGAUGGGAGCAGCAACGGGAACCCGCGGCUCCCGCACCUCUCUGCCGUCAGCCAGCACCUGUACAGCCCGGCCCCGCCGCUCUCCCACUCGGGCGCCUCCGACUUCCAGCCCCCCUACUUUCCCCCUCCGUACCAGCCGCUGCCUUACUCCCAGUCCAGCGACCCCUACUCGCACCUCGGGGACCCCUUCUCCAUCAACCCCCUGCACCAGCCGCCGCCGCCGCCCCCCAGCCAGCAGCAGAGCGCUUGGCCCAACCGGCAGAGCCAGGACCCGGCCGGGCUCGCCCCGCACGGCCGCCCCGGGCUCGUCCCGCACCUCUCGGCGCUGGAAAGCGGCUCCGCCGGCAGCCGCCGGGAGACCUACCGGCGCUCCGAGCUGCUCCUGCCCCACGGGCACGGGCUGGACGCCUCGGCGCUCGCCGAUAACCUGGGCCUGCACGACAUGGCUCACCAGAUGGAGGAGGUGCAGAAUGUGGAAGAUCAACACUUACUAAUGCAUGACCAGACAGUCAUUAGAAAAGGUCCCAUUUCCCUAACGAAAAACAGUGCUCUGAGCCUCCCCUGCCAAAAGGAUGGAUUAAUAGGGGUGGUCAUAAACCCCAACGAAGUUUUUUGUUCCGUUCCGGGGAGACUUUCCCUCCUGAGCUCCACGUCGAAAUACAAAGUGACAGUAGCAGAGGUGCAGAGGCGGCUCUCGCCCCCGGAGUGUCUCAAUGCCUCUUUGCUAGGAGGAGUCCUCAGAAGAGCCAAAUCUAAAAAUGGUGGCAGAUCAUUAAGGGAAAAACUGGAUAAAAUUGGUUUGAAUCUUCCUGCUGGCAGAAGGAAAGCUGCAAAUGUGACAUUAUUGACAUCUCUGGUGGAAGGUGAAGCUGUACAUCUUGCUCGUGACUUUGGUUAUGUUUGUGAGACAGAGUUUCCUUCCAAAGCAGUGGCUGAAUAUUUAACCAGACCACACAUGGGCCGCAAUGAAAUGGCAAACAGGAAGAAUAUGCUUCUUGCUGCAAAGCAGAUCUGUAAGGAAUUCACAGACCUCCUCACUCAGGACAGAACUCCUCUUGGAAACACAAGACCCAGUCCCAUCUUGGACCCUGGCAUCCAGGGCUGUUUGACUCAUUUUAGCCUGAUCACACAUGGCUUUGGGAGUGCUGCCAUCUGUGCUGCCAUGACAUCCGUCCAGAACUACCUAAAUGAAGCAUUAAAAAUAGCAGACAAAUCAUACAUGAACGCUGGCGACCAGAGCCCCGCAGAAACCAACAAAACCAUGGAUAAAAUGGAUAAGCACAGGAAGUGAAAGGAAAACCAGACUUUACUCUUCCUCCUAAACACAGACUGGGAUCUUCUUGCCAGGGGGAACAUAGAGAUUUGGUUGGUGGUUUUUUUUUUUUUUUUAUCUUUUGGUUCUGUCUUUUUUUGUUUUUUAAAAAAAGAAAGGAGGGGAAAAAGGGGAAAAAUAUGAAUAUCAUUCAGGAUCUUCACUCCUCCUGGAUCCAUCCGUGAGACAAGUCUUUCUAAAAGCUGCAGUAUCCCUUUUCUGUGGAAGCAAUUACAUGAAGAUAAGUACUUGGUACAAUGUAUUGAAUCCUUUGCUGUAAAAGUGGUGCUAUAAAGGGGGGGUUGAUGGAAAUAUACAGAGAGAUAUAUUUAGAUUUCUUCUCCAUAUCUAAGUAUCUAGUGGUGACCAGCUUCAUGUACAGUUUUUAAGAUACAGAUUUUAGAUUGGAAGCCUGUUUGUUAUCUGAUACAAUUUCAGGGUUUUAUUCUCUCUAAACGGAACAGUAACAAUAAAGCAGUAUUAAACAAUGGUAUAUAGAUUUAUGUACAUUAAAAUUUUUUUAUAAACACCUGAAAAUAGUAAGA